CCUCGUUGUUUUGAAAACGGAGAGCUGCUGAGCACUGCGGUAUUAUCCAGCCGACACCAGACACCUCGGACUCGAUCCAGCCUCCUUCUCUUCGACGGAUCCUCUGUUUUUAAUAUUUAUUAUUUCCCCUGACAUUCAUCAGGAUCCCCUCAGAGAGAGAACCACUAGAUGACAGCCUCUCCCCCCCGCUGGGAGGACAGCUGGUGCGGUGAUAACAUCGGGGGGGUGAUGCCCUUGACUUGGGGAGGAGGAGGAGUUUGGAGGAGAAGGGGGGCACCGUCAUCUCAUGGACCAGAAGCAGUGACUCUGUGAUCUUCAUUGGCAGGACAGUCAGGGAUGCGGCGCAUGCUCUGCAAGUUCAUUCCAUCUGUGCCAGCCGAGGAGCAGCAUCGUCCUGCUGAGGGGAGCCAUCGAGGACAGGAAAUGUGGUGCAUCCUCAGGGAGCCCUGGCCCUGGAGCUGAGGAGGCCUGAGCCGGGUCCACAUCCGGAUUAGAUGGUUGCUGAAGGCAAGUGUGCAUGACGAGAUAAGCAAGCACUGAGGCUGCUCUGCAGAUAAGCAGAAGCUGUGAGUCUCCUCUCCCCUGUGGGUGACAUUGUUGCCUCUUUUUUGGGCCUCUUUGUGCCAGACUGUUUGUGGGAGUAGAUGUGCUUAUUAAUAAUGAAUGUAAUGGGCAGCAGCCCCUGAACGGUGAUCUAGGUUUUGUUGUUUCUAACCCCUAAAGAAAGGUGGGUUUGACUGGGAAUAAUGGCCGACCACGAGGAAGCAGAGUUGUCUGAGUCCCUUCAGAAGGAGGAAGGCUUUGCCAACGAGCCGGAGGAGCCGGACUUCAAAUGUAAAGGUUUGCCUGUUUUGAAUGAAGCAGCGCCUCAAGAGGAGACCUUGCUGACUAGCUCUGUGCGGAUGUCUAUUACGGCAGAAGAGAGCGCAGAAUUUAUCCAGCUUCCAGCAAAGACUGAGUCCUUCCAGGCCGAGUCCCCGACAAGAACAAACUACUCGCCCAAGCCGGGGAAGUCGGCGCUGAACAGGCCGAGCUCGUACAUGGAGAACACGGAGAUCCGCAGGAGUAAAAACUUAGCCAGAAGGAAGCCCCCCGGGUUUUUCGCUUCCAGGCUGGCUCGGAUCCGUCUGCCCAGCAGGAAGUACCUGAGCGUCCUCUUGCAGGACUCGCGCUGCUUCCUGUUCUGCAUGUGCUACCUGACGUUCAUCCAGUCGCUCAUGGUGUCCGGGUACCUCAGCAGCGUCAUCACCACCAUCGAGAAGAGAUACAGCCUGAGGAGCUCAGAGUCAGGUUUGCUCGUGAGCUGCUUCGACAUAGGGAGCCUGGUGGUGGUCGUCUUCAUCAGCUACUUCGGCGGCCGAGGACAGAGGCCUCGCUGGCUGGCGGUGGGCGGGGUUUUCAUCGCUGUAGGCGCCGCCCUCUUCUCCUUACCUCACUUUAUCUCCCCAGCCUACCAGAUCCUUGAGGUGAACUCGUCCUCUGGGAACGAGGGCCUGUGUAUGAACAGCAAUGCUAGCAGGGACCGCGUUGACAUCACAUCCUGUCCCAGGGACCAGGAGGGCAACGAGCACAACCUGUACGUGGCGCUGUUCGUCAUCGCCCAGAUCCUGGUGGGCAUGGGAUCCACGCCCAUCUACACGCUGGGACCCACGUACCUGGACGACAACGUCAAGAAGGAGAACGCCUCGCUGUAUCUAGCCAUCAUGUAUGUGAUGGGAGCGCUGGGUCCCGCAGCUGGUUACCUGCUGGGAGGAGUCCUCAUCGGCUUUUACGUGGACCCCAAGACCGUUGUGAACAUCGAUCAAAGUGACCCUCGCUUCAUCGGAAACUGGUGGAGCGGGUUCCUCCUCUGCGCCGUGGCCAUGCUGCUGGUCAUCUUCCCCAUGUUCACCUUCCCCAAGAAGCUGCCGCCCCGACACAAGAAGAAGAAGAGGAGGAAAAAGGUGAGCAUGGACGACCUGUCCAGUGACGACGACGUCCUCAAGGAGAAGAGCAACAACAACAAGAACCAGACGGUCACCUCGUCCAUGGGCUUCGGCAAGGACAUCAAAGACCUGCCUAAAGCAGCAGUGAGGAUCCUCAGCAACGUGACCUUCCUCUUCGUCAGCCUGUCCUACACGGCGGAAAGCGCCAUCGUCACCGCUUUCAUCACCUUCAUCCCCAAGUUCAUUGAGUCUCAGUUUGGCAUCCCGGCCUCCAGCGCCAGUAUCUACACCGGUGUGAUUAUCGUCCCCAGCGCCGGCGUGGGCAUCGUCCUGGGCGGCUACAUCAUUAAGAAGCUGAAGCUGGGAGCCCGAGAGUCGGCUAAGCUGGCCAUGAUCUGCAGCGGAGUCUCCCUGCUCUGCUUCUCCACGCUCUUCAUCGUGGGCUGCGAGAGCAUCAACCUGGGAGGAAUCAACAUCCCGUACACCACCGGACCGACUCUCACCAUGACCCAGAGGAACCUCACCGGGGGUUGUAAUGUCAACUGUGGCUGUAAAAUCCACGAGUACGCUCCAGUCUGCGGCUCCGAUGGCAUCACAUACUUUAACCCCUGCCUGGCCGGCUGCAGCAGCGUGUCCAACGACAGCACCGGGAUCCGGAACUACUCGGACUGCGCCUGCGUCCAGAGCCGGCAGGUCAUCACGCCGUCGUCCAGCGGCCAGGGCGGCAACCAGCUGCAGCUCGUCAUCGUCAAGACCUACCUGAACGAGAACGGCUACGCCGUGUCGGGGAAGUGCGACCGCACCUGCAGCACCCUCAUCCCCUUCCUCAUCUUCCUCUUCAUCGUCACGCUCAUCACUGCCUGCGCCCAGCCCUCCGCCAUCAUCGUCACCCUCAGGUCUGUAGCGGAGCAGGAACGGCCGUUCGCUCUGGGAAUGCAGUUUGUUCUCCUCAGGACUCUCGCCUACAUCCCGACACCCAUCUACUUCGGCGCCGUCAUCGACACCACCUGCAUGCUCUGGCAGCAGGACUGCGGCGUCCAUGGCUCCUGCUGGGAGUACGACGUCACCUCCCUGCGCUUCGUCUACUUCGGCCUCGCCGCCAGCCUCAAGUUCUUCGGCUUCCUCUUCAUCUUCCUCACCUGGUACUCCAUCAAGUAUAAGGAGGAGCGUGUGGAGCGCUGGCUCAAGCGCCAUCUGUCGCCCGUCGACACCGUGGGCAGCCUCGUCUGCCACCCCGGCGGCCACAAAGGCCACGCUCGCACCCGCUCCUGCCCGGUCAACAUCCCCAGGACCGACCCCAACGCUAUCCCCGCCAACGGUCCACCGCGCGCCGGCGCCCUCAACCGCGGCAUCAGCACCCAGAGCUGCCCCGGCAAUGAGCUUAAAGCAAUAACUCCCCCUCCUCCAGCCCCGCCAUCGCCCGCAGCACCACCCGCCCCUGCGCCGGCCCGCUCGCUGGAACACGUUUCAGUCCGGGUCUGAGUUUCAGACGGGGGUCGGCGCUGAAGCAGGUCCCACACAGGACUUUUAUUUGAUCAGGCACCGCUCAUCACACGGAGGUCCUGCUCUCAUCCUCGAACUCUUGUUGGCCGAUGAAACGCUCGGCGGCCUCUUCGGGGUCCCGGUUCCCUUCAGAACCUCCGGACCUGUGGAGUAACGAGGACGAGCCGGAUACAGAAACCCUGACACUGAGAACCGCCGUGUUCGUGAAAACGUCGAAAGCCAGCAGGCACGGCGAGCGGACUGAAACCUCGGCUCCCUCGCUCUGGACGGAGGAGAGUUCAUCGCUCAUAAACCUGCUCCUCCCUCGCUCACCUCGGCAACAUGUGCCUUCUGUCAGCACAGGUCACACACACACACACACACACACACACACACACACACACACACACACACACACACACACACACACAGUGGACGCCCCUCUGACAGACUGCCGUCACCCUGUAGGAAAAGAGUCACCUGAUCAGAUACCUCAGCUUCACCGAUCCUCCUGCUUCCCCGUCACCUCACGUCUGCGUGCUUCUUCUUCUUCGUUGGUGUUUAUUUCUGUUUUCUGGACACCACAUAUCACACAGAACAACAAACAAAAAAUCCUUUGGAAAUGUGACGCACUGAUUCAAGUGUUAAGAACUGGAAACCGAUGGCAUGGUGCUAUGUGAAGAACACUGUUUAAUGUCCUCUUUUCUGUUUGUGUUUUUAGUUUUUUUUAGGGGGUUAAAAACUCUUGAAAAGAACCCGACCGGACAACAGGUCACUGGGCUAAGCAGCUUGGCACGCACAGAAUGCAUUCCUGUUCCAUGCAAGGCCUUUUGUUGCUCCCCGUGGCACAAUGACACGUAGUAUUACCGCUGGAAGUCGGAUCGUUUGGCUUUUGCCGGCUCCAUACAAUGCAUCCAUACAUCGGAGCUGCGUCCCUCCUGACCCGAGACCUGAUUAGUGGUUUCGCUUGAAAAAAAAAAAAAGAGCAGGAUCGGCGUUUUCCUCCUGACCACAUUCCCGUUUGGACGAGUCACCUUCACACGCCUGGAAGAAGAGGAGACACUGACUGACUUUGUACCCGGCCCUAACGAGAGAUGCAGCCAAUCAUUGCCCGACUGAAACACAACGUUUGUACUGAACAUGUAGGCAGAUAUGUAGUGGACCAUCACGUAGAGGUCUUAGUGUAGUCGUCUGUCCUGGAUCAUGAAGAGAGUCCGCUACUCGCUCUGCUUCUGAUGGUUAAGUGUUAAACAGUAGUCCCAAUGAUUUAUGGGUAACUCUUGCUGAAAAAUAGCAUUAGCUCUUUUUUUACUCGGCUUCUUUUUAUGGGGCGCCGUUUUUUUAAAAGUUGUGCACACUGAAAAUAACAUUUCUCCACAUUCAGCUCCAAAAAAAUCAUAAAAAUGUAGAGUGAAUUUUUAAAAGUCACUUUUUUUUAAUCACAUUUAGAGGAAUAUUUGUGAUCAGUGUUAAAUCCCAAUGCUAAAUCUAAAUGUUCAAUAUAAAUCUAAAUGUUAAAUAUAAAUCUCAAUGUUAAAUCUAAAUCUAAAUGUUAAAUGUUAAAUCUAAAUGUUCAAUAUAAAUCUAAAUGCUAAAUGUUAAAUGUAAAUGUUCAAUGAUAAAUGUAAAUGUUAAAUGUUAAAUCUAAAUGUUCAACGAUAAAUCUAAAUGUUAAAUCUAAAUGUUAAAUGUUAAAUCUAAAUGUUAAAUCUAAAUGUUAAAUGUUGCUCUAUGAUCCUAAAUACUUAGCUGAUAUGCGGCAGUGUGAAUUUGCACACCAGCUAAAUAUUUAGGAUCGAAAGCAACAUUUAACAUUUUUAUUUAACUGUAUAUUUAACAUUUAUAUUUAACUGUAUAUUUAACAUUUAUAUUUAUUUUUAAUAUUUAGAUUUAUCGUUGAACAUUUAUAUUUAAUAUUGAACAUUUAUAUUUGAUAUUGAACAUUCAGAUUUAGCAUUUGGAUUUAACAAAAUUUUAACUCAAUAUAUUUUUCACAACAAAAUUAAAUGUUAAGAAGAUCACAAAUAUUCCUCUAUGUGAUAAAAAAGUGACUUUUAAAAAUUCACUCUUCUUUGUUUUGAUGUUUUGGAGCUAAAUGUGGAGAAAUGUUAUUUUCAGUUUGCACAACUUUACAAACGGCGCCUCGUAUCUUUUCGGCCGCUGCAGGUUCGAGUUUGGAACGUGAAAGGAAAUGUUCCAGGAUGUUUAGAAAUCUAGAAAAAUCACUUUAAGUUCAACACUGUGGAGCUGCAGCUCCUGAUUGUUUCCUCUCUCUCUGUGAUUCUGCUGAUUAUUCUGAAAAUAAAUCAAGUUUUACCUAAAGAAGAAAGACGCGAAAAA